UUUCCGACAGUACCUGAACUCAGCAUGUUGGAUUCGUGACGUCAAUUAUAUCCGACGCGAAUACAGAUCGUGCUUUGAGGAUCGGAUCAGAUAUUAAAAACAUUCAUGCGGAGGAUGAACUUAAAACCUGUGUGGCUGCUGCUUCUAUCCAUCUCUGCCGGGGUCUGGUCAGUGCCCAUCGAUCGCAAUGGAGACAACCAGGAAGCUAAAGAGGAAGUGCCAGAGGAGAACGUGGACACUGGCCUGUACUACGACAGGUAUCUCAGAGAGGUGAUUGAGGUUCUGGAGACAGAUCCUCACUUCAGAGAGAAACUGCAAACAGCCAACACAGAGGACAUCAAGAACGGUCGUCUCAGUAAGGAGCUGGACCUGGUCAGUCACCAUGUCAGAACUCGGCUGGACGAGCUGAAGCGUCAGGAGGUGUCUCGCCUCAGGAUGCUGCUCAAAGCCAAACUGGACAGCACCAACACACAGAGUCUGCAGAUGGACCAUGCCUCCCUGCUGAAGCAGUUUGAACAUCUGGAUCCUCACAAUCAAAACACCUUCGAGGCCAAAGAUCUCGAGCUGCUCAUCUCCACGGCCACUAAGGACCUGGAGAACUACGAUGCUGAGAGACACGAGGAGUUCAAACGCUACGAGAUGCUGAAGGAGCACGAGAGACGGGAGUACCUGAAGGGCCUGGACCAGGAGAAGAGGGACCGAGAGGAGAAGAGGAUGCAGGAGCUUAAAGAAAAACACCGCCAGCAUCCCAAAGUCAACGCUCCGGGAAGUGUUGCUCAGCUGCGGGAAGUCUGGGAGGAGACGGACGGACUGGAUCCGAAAGAGUUCAACCCCAAAACAUUUUUUAAACUACAUGACACAAAUGAAGAUGGUGUUUUAGAUGAGCAGGAGUUAGAGGCUCUCUUCACUAAAGAGCUGGAGAAGGUUUACGACCCAAAGAACGAGGAAGACGAUAUGAUGGAGAUGGAGGAAGAGAGGCUGAGGAUGAGGGAGCAUGUCAUGAAGAAUGUGGACCUAAAUAAAGAUCGUCUCGUCAGCCUGGAGGAGUUCCUCAAAUCCACUGAGAAGAAGGAGUUUAGUAAUCCCAAAGAGUGGGAGACUCUGGAAACCAACCCGGUGUACACGGAGGAGGAACUGCAGCGUUUCGAGGCUGAACUCCGGGACAAAGAGGAGGAGCUGAAGAGGAAGGCAGAGACGCUGCGUCAGGAGCAGGAGCUGCUGAAGGAGCGAGGCAAAGCCCUGGAGGCCCAGAGGAGAGAGUACCAGCAGGCAGUAUUAGAGAUGUCCCAGAGACAGAAAGAGCAGCAGGCAGCAGACGGACAGCCUCCUGCGGGUCCUAACGGAGAACUGCACUUCCAAGCACAGACACAGAAAGUCGAAGAGAAAGAGGUGAAAGUCCCAGCAGAGCAGCCAGCCGAGGCCCAGAAUAAUCUGCCUGCAGAGCCGCCACAGAAUCUGCCUUUACACACUUAACGCAGCACGCUCUGACAGCCUUAACACACACACACACACACACACACACAUACGCGCACACAUACACACACACGCACUCCGAUUUGCACUGACACAGAUAUCCAGAUGGAUUCCACGAUGUGAAAACCGUGAACUGUAUGUAUAAAUUGGGACAGGCUGCUGACAUGUUGUACUGUGUUCAUCUCUGUGGUCUACAUUAGAUUUAAACAUCUCAAAGAAAAACAAUAAUGUGUAUUUGACAGAAAUCUUCAGUUUCAGUGAAGCUUUCAUUACCGCAGGGUCUUCAGUGUGAAACCAUUAAAAAUCUUCCAAUAAAGUCUUAAUUUAAAACCUCUAAACCAAACCUCUCACUAUCUAAUU